AUGGCGACGGUAACCGGAGCAUCCACAUUCACUGUCGCUGAAUUGUCCAUGGCCGCUCUGGAGGUUGAUGAGGACUGUAGUAUGGACCUCGCAAUAGACGACAGUAAGGAACACCAACCAGUUGCGGAUUGGAAAAGAGCACGGCGCCAGCGCUAUGGCCGCUUUGUCAACAACCCGAUCAACGCACGCGCGAUAGAGGCCCGCGUGAAGGACAUGAUCUCGGAUGAGUCCCAGUGCAACAUCCGCCUGGCCCCAUCUCUUCCCUCUCUACCGUUCAAGGUCCCCACGUAUCCGUAUUCGCGAUCACCUCAGAUCGAAGCAGGCGCGUCCCCCAGUAUUGACUCAUCGGCGAGUGGCUUGGAAGUGGACGAGGGCUUUUGCGACGAUGACGAAGAGCUCGCUCUCAUGCAGAGAGCCUUGGCCGUUGACAAAGACAAGCUGAUAGGCAUGUCGGGCGCCUUGCGGAAAUUCGGCCCGUUGAGAUUCAGAGGCUCGACCGAAGCAGCUCUUUGGUGCCAAAACGUUACAGCGACCAAGGAUGCGCCGACGGAAGGGACCAGGGCCAUCACAGGAGCCGCGGCCGACACGAGCUAA